AUGGAUGAAAACGGUCCUGGCUUUCACCUAGUGGUGCCAUCGCUACCAAACUUCGGAUUUUCAAGCCGGAUCCCAAAGAAGGGGUUUGGUCUGCAACAGUAUACUGAUACUUGCCACAAGCUGAUGCUGAGAUUGGGAUACAAGAAGUAUGCCGCUCAAGGCGGCGACUGGGGCAUGUACAUCACCACAUCCAUUGGCAACUUAUAUCCGGAAUCAAUGCUGGCACUGCAUCUCAACUUCGUCCUCGCUAUGCCACCGCCACUGACAAGGUCACCGCUUGGCUUCGUGCGUUUCCUUGCCACGCAUAUGCUGAACCUCUACACGCCCCAGGAGCAAGCGGGCCUGAAAGCUGCCCAGAACUACCAGGACAAUGGCAUCUACUACCUUCACAUGAUGAGGACCAGACCCCAAACUAUUGGCGCCAUGCUCGAGGAUAGCCCUGUCGCACUGUUGGCCUGGAUCUAUGAGAAGUUGAUCGCCUGGACAGACGACUACCCCUGGACAGACCAAGAGAUCUGCGAGUGGGUCAGCCUGUAUUGGUUCAGCCGCGCUGGUCCCGCGGCGAGCGUCAGAAUCUACUACGAGAUGUUCCAAGGCGAAUGGCAGGCAGACACAGGGCGUGCGAUACCGAAGGCCAAGCUGGGAUUCUCAUAUUUUCCCAAAGAGAUUGCUGGAACUCCGAGGAUGUGGAAUCGGCGCUUGGGCGACGUCGUAUUUGAGAAGGAGCAGGAGAAAGGCGGCCAUUUUGCAGCCUGGGAGCAGCCGGAAGCCCUUGUGGAGGACCUCCGGCAGAUGUUCCGUUCUGACGGUCCGGCAUACCAAGUGUUGCAUCAAAAAUAA